GUAAAAUCGUAACGUGACUGUGUGACGGUUGUGUGUUUCAGUGAAUAUUUGUCUAAUAUUUUUUUUAAGUCGAGUGUUUAUUUGGAAAAACGAUGUCGGAUGAAAUCGCUGAAAAUGGAACGGCGAACGGAGACGUUCCCGAAAUCGAGCUCAUUAUUAAGGCUUCCACUAUCGACGGAAGGCGGAAGGGAGCAUGCCUCUUCUGUCAGGAAUAUUUCAUGGACCUGUACCUACUAGCGGAGCUCAAGACGAUCAGCUUAAAAGUAACAACAGUGGACAUGCAAAAGCCACCACCGGACUUCCGCACCAACUUCGAGGCGACGCAUCCACCGAUACUGAUCGACAACGGGCUGGCGAUCCUCGAGAAUGAGAAGAUUGAGCGGCACAUCAUGAAAUCGGUGCCCGGCGGUCACAAUCUGUUUGUUCAGGACAAAGAGGUGGCGUCGCUGAUCGAGAACCUAUACUCGAAGCUGAAACUGGUGUUAGUUCGCAAGGACGAGCAGAAGUCGGCGGCGCUGCGCGCGCACCUCGGCAGGAUUGACGGCCUGCUCGAGCGCAGGGGGACCAGAUUCCUGACCGGUGACACAAUGUGUUGCUUCGACUGCGAGCUGAUGCCGCGCCUGCAACACAUCCGCGUUGCCGGCAAAUACUUUGUAGACUUCGAGAUACCGACGAGUUUCCGUGCCCUUUGGCGCUACAUGUACCACAUGUACCAACUCGAUGCGUUCACGCAGAGCUGUCCCGCCGACCAAGAUAUCAUCAACCAUUAUAAGUUACAACAGUUAUCAACAAAAGGUUUACUUACGCCAACGAUGACGCGGCAAAGAAAAGACGACACAACGACGCCGGCGCUAAAAAUGAAGAAACACGAAGAACUGGAGACGCCAACAUUCACCACAUCAAUUCCUGUCGACAUCAAUGACUUAAACAACGCAGAAGAAUAAAUACUGUUAUGCGAAUCCGAGCCUUGGUACAAUAGGCAUUAAGCUGAAUUUUCGGUGUAGAUUGCCAAUUAUUGCACAUAGGAAUCCUUCUUGUUUAUUCUAGGAUUCUUACAUAUUUAUAACCAUGUGAUAUCCCACCCCACAUACCCUCGCUUUGUUCCGUGUUGAAUCAUAAAAUUUUAUUCUAAUUAAAAUAAUGUUUUUAGAGCUAUUUAUCUCUAAGCUGUAUUUUUCAAAUUUAUUUUGAAAGUUUGUAAUUGGUGCAUUUCAGAAUUAUUGUUAUUGUUAAUUAUUUAGUAGAGCGAGAGGUAUUUGCGGCCAUUUUAAUAUGAUUAUUAUAUUAUUACACGGGCAGAGGUGGCAAUUAUUAUUUUCACUCUAAAUUUUAUUUUAUCUGUAUUUAUUUUCACAGUGAAGUGACAAGUUUUCUUUCAAUGAUUGACGUUUUAUUAUAGGUUUUCAAACACAACGAAAACAUUCUGACAUAUUUUUGUACUAUAUUCGCAAUAAUAGAAUAGGAUUCGGUAUUUUUUUUUGUUCUGGACGUAGUUUAGUUAUAGAUAAGUAACAUCGCCAUUGUUUUAUCCUCUGCCUUAACAUUUUAUUUUUUAGCGUUUCGCUCUUGCCUCAAAGUUACCUUAAAGAAGUACUUACUAUUCCUUGUUUUUUGUGAAACAUGUUUUCUAGAAACAUCUAGAUUUAUAAAUGUGAGGCUUUAAAUCAAACCACCUAACAAUAGAUUAACUGUAGUAUAUUUCUUUUAAUAAUUGUUUUUAGAAGAAAUGUAGAACAGUUCCAAUACCUUUUUAGUACAUAUACCAUAGUAAA